GAUUACUUUUUGUCUCAGUGUAAAGUUAAUUCUAAUUCUGAGUUGUUUCAAUUGAAAUUCUUCAUUCAAAAGUUUUCUCAACUUUCACACAACUUUCGCCAAGAAAAACUUGAUUUCAUCGAUUCAUCAUCAUAUCGAUUGUGUAAACUAACUGAUUUUUUUAUCACCAAUUAAAACUAAUCAAUUUAUUGAAAUUCGUAAAGUUUGAUGAAUCUUUUUAUAUAUAUAAAAGUUGAGACAAUUUUCUAAUCAACUUUCACCAUUCAACUGAAUCAAUUUUUGGCUAACAAAUCCAAUUUCUUAAUACUAACCUAAAUCAAUCAGUCUACUCACUAAGUUGAACAUUUUAAAAUCGUCGAUAAGAUCGAAUCUUGAUUCUCAUUUUCUGAUAUCAAUUCGAUGACAAUUCCUGCCUUUCAAAGUGAAAACGUAAAAUCUUUCGUCUCAUCAACAGAAACCAUGGAUUACCAACAUCAUCCCUCUGAGACUCAAUCAACAAUCGGAUUAACACCCGAGCUAUCAUAUCAGCAGAAUUAUCAAUCUCAUCAAACAGUGAAAAUGAUUAAAAUGGUCGCUUACACAAUGAUUGGAAUGACAAUUAUCCUUGGUAGUUUUAUCCUUCUCUCGGCUUAUGUUCAAUCGGGUGGACGAUGUAAUUGUUAUAGAGGUUAUCAACUAGGAUCAGAAUCGAGAGACAGUCCUUAUUAUGAACCUUUAACUGCGGCUUCGGGCGAUGAUUCCGGUGAUGGUGCUAGUCGGCGUCUUCCAAUUCGCAUUCUGAUGGACGGUGAAGCAGGGCAAUUGAUGAAAGAUGGUAAAAAAGGUCGAAUCAAUUGUGAGGUUGAACGGAGAGUUGCGACUCAGAUCAUUGCCUCGGAGCCUAAAAUGUUAAUUACACCUUAUGGUAACAUGACAACCGAUCCCAAGUUAAUCCAUAUGACUGGUGAGAAAAUGUUCUUCUCAUGUAGUUCCGGUAAUCCAUCCAAAUCAAAGAAACCAAAACAAACAAUUAAGACAAUUUUGAAACUCGAUAAACCAAUUGAAGUUAUGGAAAUUAAAAAGCCCGAUGUUAAUGUGACCUCUCCAGCUACUCCGAUCGUUUCUAGACCUAAACGGGAAGCGGAAAAGCCGGCAAAACCAUCCAAGGAACAUAAAGAGUGCUCAUGUGAUUGUUCAUGUUAAUUAGCAUCAACAAUCAAUUGAUUGUAUUAAUAUAUAUCGAGAUUAACUAUUGUUUAUUAUUAAUAAUAAAACUUUUUAUCAUGAAUGAAAAAAAGUUUUUUUUUACUCAUUUUGUAUUAGCAAUUCAAUUGUUUAGGAUAAACUAUUAAUAUUUUUAUCAAUCUAUUUGAAUAUUUUACUUUAUUCUUGUGUUUUAAUUAUAUCAGUUUGACACUUUCAUUAAACUUUUCUCCUCAA